AUGUCGGAAGAACGUCUUUGGAAAUUCAGAAAGCCGGAUUGGAUGAGUGGUGCGACAGCAAAGGGGGCUGGUGUUUAUACUGCGGGAGCUUUGUUCUCCCUCUCAUUCUUCAUCCUUCUCGAUGCUGCUCUCUGGUCUAAAUCCGCCCUUAAUGGAUCCGAUCCCCCAAUUCACAUUACAUUCAUCGACUGGCUUCCCCUGAUCUUCUCUUCCCUCGGUAUGCUUAUCAUAAACUCUAUUGAAAAGUCCCGGCUAUCCGCGGACUCUUUCUCUUAUAGUGGCAGCGGUGUUGCUUGGAAAGCAAGAGUGGUGUUAUUCUUAGGGUUUGCUAGUUUGGCCGGGGGACUGGCUGGGGGUAUUACAGUGUUGGUUUUGAAGUACGUGGUGCCCGGUGCGCAAUGGCCUACUUUGGGAAUGGGUGUCGCAAAUGUGGGAGCAAAUGCCGGGGUUAUGUUAAGUUCGGUGGUACUCUGGGUCUCGCAAAAUAUUGAGGACGAAUACUCCUAUAAUCUCGCUCUUUAA